AUGAAUCAAAUAUAAUCUACUUAGAAAUUAUGGUUAUUAUCAGCAGACACUACAAAUUAUGCUAAAAGUGCUGUCUCACCAUAUUAUAGAUUAGCUAUAUAGAAAAACUAAGAUAACAUAAGAGUCAAAUAUUUUGAGACUAAUGUUUUUUCGAAAGAAAAGAUUGAAGAAGUUCUUAAUUCGAUUAAUUAUGUUUACUUAUAAUUCAAAUUAAAAUUAGCUUAAGAAUUUAGAACUCCUAAUCUGAUGGAGAAAUAAAUAUUCAACUUCAAUAGAUUGUAAUUUGAUUUCUCAAAUUUUUAUUUGAUUUCCAACUCUAGAUUGGGUUUCCAUAUACUCUUAUUCAAAUGUAAGAAUCAAAAAUAGAGGGAAAAUGUAUUAUCUAAUAACUUACUUAUAUACAGAAAAGAUGAAUUCAAUUUUUGA